CUCCUUGACAGCCCCUUUGCCCUAACUUUGGUGGCGGUUCGAUCCCUCCUUUUGCCCUAGCUUUGGUGGCGACGCAGAAGCUGCGAUCCGAGGACGGAGGACGUCGGUUAGGGCGAUUUCAGUCCAGGUGUAUAGUAGAUGUGUUUGAGAGACACUCAACGUCUUUGUUGACCUCUGUUUGGUGAGUAGAGGUGAUAUCUAUCGUCAAAGGAAUCUCACACAAUCUCUUUUAAUAAAUAUGAACAUCUUUAGACGGGGGGGACGUAAACGAAGUUCACAUGGCCAUGCAGCACCUAGCAGUGCACCUACGCCUAUCCCUGAUCAGCCUGUACGACUAUCAAAUUCACCUUCGCCAGUACAGCCAGGACCAUCACAUCUCUCUACGCCAGUUCAAGCAGGACCAUCACAUUCCCCUUCGCGAGUACAUGCAGGACCUUCACAUUCGCCGUCGCCAAUACAUGCAGGACCAUCACAUUCUCCUUCGCCAGUACCUUCACCGCAAAAUUUGGCAGAUCCGGUUCCUACCAGAUACUCAUUUUCUGAGACCCAAGAUGUUCGAAUAUUUAUUGUCCCCUCCGGAGAUUCGUUCGAAAAUUCGGUACGUGUUGUUCACGAAAUUAAUCAAAUCGUGAAUAAUCAUUGGAUGGGGGAUUCUAUGUCUUAUUCAAGCACUCCAUCAUCAAUGAAAGAGUUAUGGUGGAGCGAGUUUAAGCGGAUAUAUAAUUGGGACCUUGCAUAUGAAUUCGAAAUUAAGAAGAACUUCAAGAAAAAAUGUGGCGAUCACAUUCGUCAUACUCUUAGUCAUGCUAAACAAAGGGGUAAAAAGCCACUUUGUAUCACAGAGGAUAAUUGGACUAAGAUCAACAAUUUUUGGUCAACCAACGAAAGCAAACAACGAAGUCAACAGAAUAAAUUAAAUCAAUCUUAUAAUUCUGGAGACUUCUCUGCUACAUAUGCGGGAGGUUCAAUUAAUAUCGAUGAGCAUCGACGCAGAAUGACCAAAGAUAUGGGGAAAGAACCUUCAUUCAUUGAAACUUUCACCAAAACUUUUACAAAAAAGGAUAAGUCUUGGAGUGGGGCUAGAGCAAAAGCAAUAAAGGACAAAUACGAUGAGCUCGAGAUAGCACAUAGAAGUUCAUGUGCUAGUGAGGAAACUGAGUCAUCUGUUGGUAAUAAUUUGGAUUUGUGGUUGGAGGCUAGUGGAGGACAGAAAGGGGGAAGGAUAUUGGGAAUGGGUUCUUUAAGCAAAAAUCAUAGAGUUUCCCGUAAAUCCUUUUCCACCCCAACAGCAGUCACGACUCAGAUCAAUUCCUUGACUGAAGAGGUUUCACAUUUAAAGGGCAUAAUAUUAGAAAGAGAUGAAGAAAGAAGAGUUAGAGAUGCAGAAAUGAGAGCUCUCCGUCAACAACAAAAUUUAAUUAUGAAACAUCUUCAGUUAAGUUCCGCUCCUUCCGAUUUUGGUGACGAUGGCGACGAUGGUGGUGAUGGCGACGAUGGUGGCGAUGGAUCUUCUUGAUUGGUCAGACACAAUGAAAAUCAAUGUUGGAGUAACUAAAAAAUUAUUUUUUUGUUCAUAUAUAGUAAUUUCUUUAUUGUAAUUAUUGAUAUUGUUUAUAUUAUGCAGGAAGAAGAUGAAGAAGAUAGAGAAGAUUUAGUCAUAUUUCGGAUUUUGUUGAAAUAUGGAUGGUUUAGAGCUUAUGAUGUUUGGAUUGUAUGGAUAUUAGAUCUUUUGUGAUGUUUAUAUUUUGAUGUAUUAUAUGUUUGGCUUGCAAGGAUAUUAGAUCAUGUUUGUAUUUUGAUGUAUCAUAUGUUUGGAUUGUAAGUAUAUUAGAUGAUGUUUGCAUUUUAAUUUAUGGAAUGCUUGGAUUUUUUGUGA